AUGGAUGCGAUAGAUCAGACUCUGCAGGCAACUGAGAAACUGCUCAAAGCCCUACAAGAGGAUCAGUCAACGCUUGGCGAUUCCCCAUUUGGGGAUCGUCUAUCGGAUCUGCGCACGAAGCACAAGGAAACAACCGACUACCUCAACCGACUGUGGGAAGAAGAGUCUCGUUACCAUUCAGUUCCCCAUACGACUUGCCGUCAGUGGGCGGUUCAUCAUUGCUCGAGUGAACGACUGGCCGAUACGUGCCCAUACGAUGUUUCUGCCUCAUCUCGUCCUGCCGAAUUCGUCAUUCAUCAUCGCCCUAGCGAGUAUACUAUACAUCAUCGCCCAAGUGAAUAUACGAUACAUCAGCGGCCACGAGGAUAUACCGAAGAGCAUCGCCCACGUCCGACAACAUCUGAGCAUCACCAAAGUGACUAUCCGGGACCACCUCGUCCUAGCGAAUAUCCGGUCUAUCGUUCCAAGGCAGAAGUCCACGAGUCGCCGAAGAGUAAAAGCAGCGAGGAGGGUGAUAGAGCUUCUAGAGAUCAGCGUCAGAGCAUUUCCAAAACCAGUUCUCGCCCUAAAGCAUCUUCAGCUCUUCCGCGAACAAGCGUUCCCACAGUUCACCCACGCCUCAGAGAGCGAGUCAACAGUCUUCCAGCCAGGCCUAUAGUACAGGACGCAGCUGAUGUACUACAUCUGGCAGAAAAAGCAAAGGCGAAGAAGAGAGAGGAACGGGCUCGAGAACGCGAAAAGGAAAAGAUUCUCGAAAAAGUGAAGAACGCCAUCUCAGAAAAGCCGAUUUCGAAUGGAAACCGUUCCAAUGGUCCUCUCCGAGAAGGUUCUGCUCCAAAAGAAAAACCAGAAAAUGGAACAGACGAGAAGCCUGCUAAGAAGAAGGAUAAAGUUAACGGGCAUGCUAAGGAAAAAUCCUCGAAGAAAAAAGCUCACGACGAAACCAAAGACAAGAUGAAGGACGACUCAUCGAAAAGAGUAGAAUUUUUGGAAAGCGAGGUGGAAGAAGUCGAAAGAACUACCGCAGAGAAUGAUCGUGAUGUCUCUUCUGACAGAGCCGAUGACGGAGGUCGA